GUAAAUCUGAUUAAAUGCUUAUUUGACAUUACAUAUAAUAUUGUCAAAUGUUUUAAAAUAGUUCAAGCACUUAGUUAAACCAGUGGAAAGGGCGAGUAUGACAUUGCAUAUAAUAAUCGAUGAUUUAAUUGGGUAUUAGGCGAAAAUUCACGGACCAUCGGUGGUGUUAUCUAUUUUUAAAUAAAUUGAAUUUCAUAUUCUCUGUAAUUUUUCAGCUACUACCGUCUCAUCGGGAGAAACUCUCGUGGUUCGAGAGAGAGAGAGAGACCCCAGAGCAAUGAAGUCGACGAGUCUCCGCUGCCCUGCUUCUUCCAUCUUCCUCCUUCUUCAUGCGAUCUCCAGCCAGCCAUCAUCCCAUUCCAUCCUAAUUCAGACGACCCGGACCAGGUCUGGGGUCACGUGAGGAAAAUGUGCAGGAAUGGUGGUGUGGUUUCGGGUGUCGGCAAUGCCCAGCGUUGCUUCGGUGCAAUGAUGAAGACGGACCCUUUGCCUUCCCCCAGGGAUUUUAGUCUUCUGUUGGGUACUGUAGUGAGGAUGAAGCACUCCUUGAUUGCCAUCCGCUUGAUUGAGCAGCUGCAUUCUAUAGGAGUUGAAGAUAAUCAUUUUUGGCUGAAUAUUUUGUUGAAUUGCUUCUGUCGGUUAAAGCGGAUCGAUUUGGGUUUGUCUAUCCUGGGCAGAAUCUUGAAGCUUGGGUUUCCCGUCACUGUGGUGGCAUCGAGUACCUUUAAUUGAUGGUCUUUUUAUUCAGGGCAAAACUGAUCAAGCACUGAGGUUCCUCGAUGAUAUGGGACGAAAUGGCCCCGAACCUGAUGAGACCACGUAUGCAAUAAUCGCAAAGGGUUUAUGCAGGGUGGGUAACACUAGAUUGGCGAUUAAAUUGCUGAGGGACUGGGAAGAGAGAAGCUGCAGACUCGAUUCUUUCACAUACAACAUAGUAAUUGAUGGUCUUUGCAAGGAGGGAUUGAUCACUGAGGCCUUGAGACUCCACGAAAGUUUGAGUAGAAAAGGCAUCGAACCAGAUGUUGUUACUUAUAGCUCCUUGAUCCACAGUAUGUGCAAUGUAGGCCAGAUGGAAGAUGCUCUCGUAUUGUUGAAAGAGAUGACGAGCAGAGGCAUCCAACCUGACAUAUUCACUUAUAGCUCCUUGGUUCAAUGCUUAUGCAACCGAGGCCAAUGGAAAGAUGUUACGGUCUUGUUGGAGGAGAUGAUGAAGGCAGGAAUUGAACCGAACGUCAUUACUUAUACCUCCGUCAUUCAAGGAGUUUGCAAUUCCGGCCAUUUGGAAGAGGCUCGAAGACUGCUGAGUCAUAUGGUGCGAAGCAGAGUCAUGCCGAAUGUUCAAACCUUCACUAUCUUGGUGGAUGCACAUUGUAAAGAGGGAAUGCUUGUAGAGGCAGAGGCCAUAAUCAACCAGAUGAUUCAAUUAGGUAAAAUGCCUAAUAGCGUCACUCAUAAUGCAUUGUUGAAUGGUUAUUGUUUGCAAAAUAGGAUGGAUGAUGCUCUGGUGGUUCUAAAUUUGAUGGUUGAAAGAGGCUGCUCACCUAAUGUUGUUACUUAUAACACGUUGAUUAACGGAUACUGCAAAGCGAAAAGAAUUGACAAAUCAAAAAUACUGUUCCAAGAAAUGCUUGAAAGGGGCUUGAAUCCUGAUGUCAUCACAUACAACACUCUCAUAAAUGGAUAUUGCCAGGUUGGGAACCUUGAAGCUGCGGGGGAGCUAAUUAACGAGAUGCAAUCUCGUGAUCUGUAUCUAAGUCAUUAUACCUUGAAUUCUUUCCUGGAUGGCUUGUGUAAAACGCGACAGAUCGACAAGGCCAUGACAUUGCUUCGAAAGAUAAUAAAUGGCACGUGUAAUGCUGGAAAACUCGACGGUGCAAAGGGGCUGUUUGAUUGUUUGCAUGCUCAAGGCUUGCAACCUAACGUGUGGACAUAUAACAUUCUCAUGCAUGAGUUGUGCAAAGGAGGACGUACGGAGGAAGCAUAUCUGCUUCUAAAGGAGAUGGAAGAAAAUGGAUGCUUUCCAGAUGGUGUCACUUACAACACAAUGAUCCAAGGACUACUAAGAAAUAACGAAAAUACUAGAGCAGCACAACUUGUCAAUGAAAUGGUUGAAAGGGGUUUUUCUGCAGAUGUAGCGACAAUGGAGUUGUGGAUCAAAUAUCUCAUGAUAAAUGGAACUUCUUCCUUUACUAGGAGAACUAUCCAUUGUCUCUGAGUUCUGUCCA